CGUCCGCCGCCCGCGCCGUGAAGAAAGCGCGCCCGCGCGCGCACGCGUGCGAGAUCCACGCGUGUGUGGUGUCCACAGAUCUGGUGGAGGCGGACGUGAGAAGGCGACGGCGAGGGCGGCGAAGAAGAUUACGACGACGUCGAAGGAGAAGGUGGCGGAAAAUGAAGCAACGUACAGGGCAAGGCAGAUGUUACUGAUGUUACUGAGCAAGCACAAAUACGACCACGACGACGAUAACGAUCACGACGAAGACGAAGACGAGGGUAACGAGGGAGUUGAAGAGUAGUAGUAGGAGAAGAAGGCGGAAGAGGUGAACGAGAAAAACGAACGACAGUGCCUGCACGGUAACUGCAAGAGAUGCAGCAACAACCGCACUCUGGCCAGCAACCGUCUGGGGCGCCGAAUGGGGUGGCGGGGGGUGCCCAAUUGCCACAAACAGGUGGCAUAAGUCCGGCGCAACCUGGCGCGACCGGUACCGCCACCAAUCGCGCUCAAGUUAACGGGGGUAGAUUCGACUUUGACGACGGUGGGACCUACUGUGGCGGCUGGGAAGAUGGAAAGGCCCAUGGCCAUGGUGUGUGCACCGGACCCAAGGGUCAGGGCGCCUAUUCUGGCAGCUGGCACUUCGGCUUCGAAGUAUCCGGCGUCUACACCUGGCCUAGCGGGUCAGCCUACGAAGGACAAUGGCAGAACGGCAAGAGACACGGCUUGGGUAUGGAGACCCGUGGCCGUUGGCUUUAUCGGGGAGAAUGGACUCAGGGAUUCAAAGGUCGUUAUGGGGUCCGGCAGUCUACUACCUCCACUGCGAGAUAUGAGGGCACGUGGUCCAGCGGUCUGCAGGACGGUUACGGUUCUGAAACUUACGCCGACAGUGGUACUUAUCAAGGCCAAUGGCUCCGCGGCAUGCGGCACGGUUACGGGGUGAGAGCGAGUGCACCAUUCGGUUUGGCUAGCCAUUACAAACCUCCAAAGCAAGUAAGAGCGUCCUUGACGUCGUUAAGGAGCGCCGACGGAGGACCAGCGGUCGCUCCAACGCCGGAACCCACCGACAGAAGGGAUCGACGUGUAGACGACAGCCGAGGAGGAUUCGUCCUGAAAGCCAGGAGCGACGAUCCACCGGCUCGGAGAAAGAGCCUCACCGAAAAGUCCCUGAAGAAGGGCAUUCUCUCGGGUCUUAAGAUACGAAAGCAGAGGAGUACGGGAGAUUUGGAGAAACGUGGUACCGGUGGUAGUAUCAGAAGUAAUGCCAGCUCAGCGUCGUGGAUGUCGACCGAGAGCUCACAAAGUCAAGCCUCGGCGUCGGUUCACACAGACAGUAAUGCGUCCUUUGUCAUCGAGGACGAACAGAUGGACGCGUCGGUAACUGAGACGUACUUGGGCGAAUGGAAGAACGAUAAGAGGACUGGCUUCGGCAUAUCCGAGAGAAGCGACGGGUUGCGAUAUGAAGGCGAAUGGUUCAACAAUCGCAAAUAUGGCUACGGUGUCACCACGUUCCGUGACGGCAGCAAGGAGGAAGGAAAGUACAAGAACAACGUGCUUAUCACUAGUCAGAAAAAGAAGCAUCUCUUCCUAAUCAGGUCCGCCAAAUUUCGUGAAAGGAUAGAGGCGGCAGUGAGCGCAGCUCAGCGGGCGAGCAAGAUCGCUCUGCAAAAAGCCGAUAUCGCUAUCUCUAGGACGGCAACGGCGCGAGGUAAAGCGGAAUUGGCCGACAUCGCCGCCGAACACGCCAGAGAAGAUUCCGAACUAGCGCAACAAACAGCGAGGCAGUUCGCACCGGAUUUCCGGCAGCCGGGUUUAGAAAGGUUACGGAACAGGGAGAUACCCAAGUACGUUCCGCCGCCACAGGAUUCCAUGCCGGGUAAGAGUAUCCUACACAAGGCAGCCAGCGUGGACCAACCCAGCGGCGCCACGCCGAUCAAAAGCGCGACGAUGGCCGUCGACUCCGCAACGACGGCGAUAACGACGACGACGAACGCGACGCCAGCAUCCGCAGCGAACAACACUGUCGGCAAUGUGAUGCAAUCGAUACGUAGGACCAGUGUAAAGCCUCUGCCGCAGAAUCAGCUGCCUAUGCAAAACCAGAUACCGAAUCAGGUACCGCUGAUGAACCAGGCAUCCAUGAAUCAAUUAAACACUCAACAGACCUCGCUGAUUGGUCAGAAUCCGUAUCAACAGUAUCCGUAUCAACAGCAAAACAUGACGCAAAAUCCGGUUCCGACGAGCCAGUACUCGAACAGUAUACCGAACCAGUACCAACCGAAUCAAUACAGCCAGCAGCAUCACCAGUUCGUCCAGAACAAUCCGUACCAGACGCAGUAUCAACUGACUAAUCCAUCUCAGGUUGAGCAACAAUAUUCCGAUUAUCAGCAACAACAGCAACAACAGCAACCAAUCGGAUUGCACGAUUUUCAAAAUUUGCAGGCUUAUCCCACUCAGCAGACUGUAUUACCCAAUCAAUAUGGGCCUGGCCAGAUGAAUCAGUACAAUUCACAGCCAAUGUACGCACAACAAACGCACCCGUCGCAAUACCAGCCUGAUAACAUCAUGGAUACAGCGAGGCCGCCGAGCUCCACGAGUUUACGAAGAAAUAGUAGAGUCCUGAGUCCUCAGGAUCGACCUGGCAUUAUUGGUCAAACGCUAAACGACAGGCUGGAUCAUUACAAGAGACCACCUAGUCGCGAUAGUUCCGUAGAUCGUUAUGCCAGAGCGCAUUCCCGGUUAACUGGAUCGAGACAACCAUCCGUCGACAAAACCAUAUCGAACCCACCUCCGGAGAUGCUCGACAGAUCGACGAGAGCUCCAAGCGCGAUAAGAGGAGGGACGCCGCUGAAUGGUUCCGUGAUAGGCAGCGGCGCCGCGACGCCGACAUACGCCGCGCCAACUCCUAACCAAUUUGAGGGGGCUCUCAUAAAAAACCGUAGCCUUGGACAGGACAUUCUGCCGAGUCCUGGACAGCCUAAGCGCACCGAGAGCCUCUACAUGGCUCGCGGACGUGGUGGUGGUGGUGGCGGUGGCGGCGGCGGUGGUGGUGGUGGUGGUGGUGGUAUUGUGCCGAAGGCGAUGCCGGUAGCGGCAAUGCCCUUUCAACGAAAGAAGUCACUGCCGGACGUAGCGCAGCCGAUCCAGCUGACGGCCACCUCACCAUUAUCGAGGGAAGAAGUCAGUUUUCUGAGCAGUAUGAGGAGAGAGGAGAUCCGCAGGCAAGUCGACGAGAGCGAGAGGCUCAGAGCAAACCCGCUUUUGUACCUGGUCAGUCCGCAGGUUAAAGACUGGUUCUCCCGCCAGCAGCUCGUGAUGCUGGUGCUCUUCAUCAACAUAUCUCUAGCUUUGAUGUUUUUCAAACUGCUGACGUAGCAGCCAGCCGACGAUCGGGUUCACGGACUCGUGAACGUGGACGUGACCUGAGACCCGGUGGCGCUGCGACACUUUGGGUCGUCACCGAGCCAGAAUUUCGAAGGGAAACGGCAAUGUGGCCGCAUCAAGAAUCGCCGGGAAUGGCUUUCACCAGCGGUUCAUUCAGUCUUACGCGCCGCGGGCGCUAUGUUAAAAGAGGAAAUCUUUGAAUCGGGACCGACGAAAAGGAGACUCGAAGAGGAUCAAUCUCGGCGGAGAUUUUGUCGCGCGAAGGCGGCCUUCUAGUCGAAUUUCGAGCGAUCGUGAAAAUCUAGGUAGACGAGUAAAUAGAGGGAGCAGUAUUGAGGCGAGAAAGUAUCUCCGAGGUAUUUUCGAAGGGAUUUAAAAUGGAUUUAUCUUUGAAUAUUGUAAAUUAAAAAGGACUUAAGCUUCAAAAGAAGGAAUAAAGGAAAAGAUUCGACAGAGAUUUGAAAGAAUUUGAAUGGUGAUUGGAAUCCUCGAAGAUCUUUCGUAAAAGUAAGAAUACCGGUCGAUGAGAAAAGUUUUCUGACAAAGCGUUUUUAGACAUUUGCCGCUUAGAUCCUUUUUAAUUGGCAGGCUAAUAUUUAUUGGACAAAAAUUUUGGAGAAAAAAGAAACAAACGAUGAAACACCUAAGCGCAGUUUGUCAUUCGCGCGAGAGGGAAACAUCGACAAGUCUUUUGGAAACGAGGGGGCGCUGUGUACUCCCACGACGCCUGUGUAUCAUACCUAUUUUUACACCAAAUACUUUAAUAACGCUACUUGUAAGAGUAGGUCGAGCCCUUUCGGGCGGGCCACCGAUCGAUCGUAUCCGACGUACGAAUCUUCUUCUCUAGUCAUAAUUUUCUCUUUUCUGACGAUCGGCUCGAGCGCAGUAAUAGCGACGAUCGAAUUGUACACAAUCGACUUUUUAACGAGUCAGCCGCUUGUCGACCACUUCUAAUUAAGACUGGCGCUGUCGAAUUUGAAGCGGUAUAGUCGAAUUAUCCGAAUCGUACUUACGGUUAUUUCCUUAACAGUAGAGAUUGUUAUACUUAGCAAUGAUCGUAAUUGUAGCCGUGGUGCCGUGCGCGUAAAGAUUCGCUAACGCGCAUCCGAGCAUUUAUAGCGUUCCACAACGAUUAUACGGUAAACUAAGGUAACGUAAGGCGUAAGUUUAUUAUAAACGAAAGAGACACAGGGAGUUGUCAUAGUCGUCGAACUUUUACGAGCCCUGCGGGAUUAUAGUUACAAUUACUAUCGUUGAAUGUCGAUGAUUGAGAUUUGAAUCCAUCGUACGAUAUCUUGUCUAGAAUUUACCAAGUUUCCCGAUAGCGAAAUGUGAAUAUGUCAACCUGAAUAUAUGAACCUGCGCACAAAUUGAGAGAAAAUGUUUUUCGCUACGAAUACGAAUGAAGGCCGCGAAGCGCAGCACCUACGCGUAUAAUACGCGUAAUGCAUAAAGCAUAAGAAAAACCCUAACCGAUCAGAGUUUUUCAUUUCAUGAAAAGGAAGGAAAUGAAGGACUUUGGUUGAUUCAUUUUCUCAUACAUUAUGCGUUACGCGAGACUCUGUGCUUCCGCUCUUCUUCUCACCUUUCGAUAAAAGAUCGAAGGUUGACGUGCGCUUGUUUUUUCUGAAACAACGACACGAAGAAUUGACGUUGUUUUCUCUGAAACGCUUUUUACAUUAUACGUAUAAGAAAAAUAUUAGCGCUAAAAAUGCGAAUGAUUCAUAUCGUAACAAUCGCGCGCACGCAAUCGCGAUAACAUCAUUCAUCGAGACGCAAAAUCGCAAUCUCUGUAACUGUAUAUACAAGUGAUUCUUAUCGACUAGUGUCUGCCACCAAAUUUAGAAGCAGAUUAAACACGACUUUCGAUAAAAUCUCGCGAACGUCUCGCGAAAGAAGAUAAUCACCCCAUGACUAUUAUCCGAGACGUAAAACUAGUAUCAAACGCUCUUUGAUCCAUGAUAUCGGCGACUCGCUGACGUUUAUCUCAUGUUUCGCGAAAACGCACAAAUCGCGAGAGAAUUAUCUCUCGUAUUCCUUCUCACUAUUUCGCGACGGAUCGACGAUCGGCCUUCCUGCGCUCGAGCGAUCGUAUUUUUUCUAGCCUCGAGGGCACAGCUUGUAUAUCUCUAGGUAAAUUUGUAAAUAAUCGUGUAAACGCCGAUUGUGUGCGAUUGCAGACUUUGUUCAACAAUACGCGAUAUCGUUCUCGCGCGAUCUCGGAUACAAUUUGGCCGGAAAGCGAGGACCACCGAUAGUCGAGAUCACCUUUUAACUCGAAGGAUCUCACUUUGGUUCAUAGCGAAACUAAGCUUCUCUCUUAUUCCUCUGCUUUGACAGUGCCAAUGACGUAGCCAGUGUACUUCCGCGAGGAUAAAUUUGAUCGGCGGAUUGAUUAUAUAUGCAUUCGCGUUCAAAUUAUGCUCCAAAUCCGAAAAUAUUGGUUCAAGCGCGAACACGUGACUCGAAAUUAAUAUAAUGCGUUCGAUCGAGAUGCAGCGGGAUGAUAUUUUCGACGCUAUCCAUAUUGAAACUGUGAAGAGCACAAAAAAAGAAAAGAAAUUAUUUUUGUCCGUCAUUUCGCUAAGCAAAUCGAACGAAUCCAUUUACAGGAUUACAAAAUUAAUGCUGGGUUUACAUCUGGCAUCUUUCGAUGCACGUUUGUCUGACUGUAACGUGGCUGAUUUAUUAUUAAAUAAUUUCUUUCUAAUAUUCAAUAAUAAAACAGGACAUUAAAUUGAAAGAAAUAUCGAAAUAAAAAUGUCAAAAGUAAAGCCAGUAUAAAAAAUGAGCGAAACAUUCUUAAGAAAAAUAGGGUCACGUAGGCAAAAAGAACCGAAAGAAGGCAUAGGCAUACGAAAUAAGUUGAAUGUUCCAGCUUAGAAGAAAAGGACCGAUGGCUUUUUGUCACGAGGUGCAUUCGCAUAGAUACUCUACCUAUUACGCACAUUCGUCGUUGCGG